GGCUUCCUAUCUCGGCCUGUGAGCGAGUUGGCGAGCAGAAAUCCCCUCCUGUAGAAAAGAAUGUUGGCCCGAAACCAGUUGGGAAGAUUUAAGGAUGUGGUAAAACAAUAGAAAUGGAAAAAGUCAACAGCAUAUUAAUUACUGGAAUGAAAGAGGAGAGGAAGAAUUGAACUCUGAUACCAAGACACUGAAAACAGCCAUGAGUUGUUUGCAAACUUCAGUGAGCUCUUCCUGGAUUUAUCCCACUGUGAUCCUCUGCCUGUUUGGAUUUUUCUCCAUGAUGAGACCCUCAGAACCCUUCUUUAUGCCGUACUUAUCUGGACCAGAUAAAAACCUGACCAUUAAAGAGAUCACAAAUGAGAUCGUCCCUGUGUGGACAUACUCAUACCUGGCGCUGCUGCUCCCAGUGUUUAUCCUCACCGAUUAUGUCCGCUACAAGCCAGUCAUCAUCCUGCAAGGCAUUAGCUUCAUCGUUUGCUGGCUGCUGCUCUUGUAUGGCCAAGGAGUGAAGACCAUGAAGGUGCUGGAAUUCUUCUAUGGGAUGGUCACUGCCACCGAAGUGGCCUAUUAUGCCUAUAUUUACAGCGUGGUCAGCCCAGAGCACUAUCAGAAAGUGAGUGGCUACUGCAGGAGUGUCACACUCGUGGCCUACACAGCAGCCUCAGUGAUGGCCCAGCUCUUGGUCUCCCUGGCCGGCCUACCGUACUUUUACCUUAACGUUAUAUCCUUGGUCUCUGUCUCCGUGGCCUUCCUCUUCUCACUUUUCCUACCCAUGCCUAAGAAGAGCAUGUUUUUUCAUGCACAACCCAGCAAAGAAGCUCCUCCAAAGCCACCAGGAAAGGAUGCUGCCUCAGAGGGACCUCAAAAGGAUCACGAACCAGUUGGAAAAGGAGUAUUCACUAUUUCAGGGAACCCGUGUGAUGGCCAGUUGAGCGACCCAAAGCCAGAGAACGUAGCUUUGAGAGUUUUUACGCAGUGGCUACAAGAUUUGAAGAAGUGUUACUCCUCAAAACAUCUCUUUUACUGGUCCCUUUGGUGGGCUUUUUCCACAGCAGGUUUUAACCAGGUUUUGAACUAUGUUCAAGUCCUGUGGGAUUACAAGGCACCAUCCCAGAGUUCCACAGUAUAUAACGGAGCUGUAGAAGCUAUUGCAACCUUUGGAGGGGCCCUGGCUGCCUUGGCAGUGGGUUAUGCGAAAGUCAACUGGGAUCUUCUGGGAGAGUUGGCCCUGGCCAUCUUCUCGGUUGUCAAUGCAGGCUCUCUACUUCUCAUGCAUUUCACGACCAACAUAUGGGCUUGCUAUGCUGGCUAUUUGAUAUUCAAGACCGUCUAUAUGCUUCUUAUCACCAUAGCAGUCUUUCAGAUCGCAGUUAAUCUGAGCGUGGAACGCUAUGCCCUGGUGUUUGGGAUCAACACCUUCAUUGCCCUGGUGAUUCAGACCAUUUUAACCGUGAUCGUAGUAGACCAGGGAGGACUGGGGCUGCCAGUUAGCAUUCAGUUUUUAGUUUAUGGGAGUUAUUUUGCAGUCGUUGCUGGCAUUUUCCUACUGAGAAGCAUAUACAUUAUCUAUUCAGCUGAAUGCGGAAGCCGAGUGCAGAGUUCCACUGCAAGUCAGAAUCCAUAUGGACCACACCCACAGGAACCGGAGGACGUCUAAUGAGCAAAGCUCUACCCUCUGCCAACCACUACAGCCUCUGAGCAAGGAUGCUGCUGGCCAAAGUCACUGAGUGCCAUGAAUUGACCCACUUCACAAGUCUGAAUUCCCCUGAACCUUUUCAAACCCAGGAAAGUUCAGCUUUGGACUAGAUAUCUUUGUGCCCAGCUGAGCGGAUGCAGUUGUACAGGUCUACCAUCUCAAUUAAACUACCUAUGUUGGGGAACCCCAGUGAAUAGCAGUGACUGGAACAUUCUGGUUUCGCUUGUUUGCAAGGACGUUCAAGUGGCAUGAAAAUAAACCAUGAGAAACACUCCAGCCAUCCUAGAGUUGAUGUUCCCCAUUCAUGAGCAGAAAUACUAACUGAAGUGACCCUGUUGCGUGGUUUACAUAUUAUUUGUUUUAUUGUACCAAAACAGGCAACACAAUGGACACUUUUUUGUCUCAUGAGCCAUUUUCCUUCUUUCAUUCAUUAUAUUUCUUUAAAAUUUACCGUUCCCUGAGAGAAUUUUAAGGCUUGGUCCCAUUUCUAAGGACUCCUUUUCUCUCCUGAUAACGCAGUAUUAUUCACAAGCUAUCAUUUGAUAAUAUAACUACUUAAUUUUUUUCAUGAUUACUCCUCACUUUGUGCUCUGCUGAGCUUUCUUGUUGAAACUCUACCUCAGUGAUAACUCCAGACACCGCUGUGUGGCCACAGAAUAACAUUCAUGCCAAUGCCCAGUGGUCCCAGGAGAGGCAAUGAGCUUUCUCCUACCAUGACCCCAGACAAGUGUUUUAAUGUCAUGUCAGUGUGAUGUCUGCGUAAAACAGAAAAACUUAAGUAGAAGGUUUCAGGGAUUUAUAGAAGUAUUCAUAAAUAAGAAAACACUGAUGGUGGAAAAACACCUAAUUUUUAGAUGGAAGAGAUUGUGUUAAAUAAAAUAAAU